UUUGUUUUUAAAAUAUCUUCACGGUUCUUAGCACUUUUCCUUACUGACGUGUGUUAUUUAACUUCACUUCACCUUCAAUGUUAACUGUGACAGUGUUUUUUCCUACACCAUGACUAGAGGUCUAGAUCUUAGAAGUAAUAAUGUUAUAUUUUCACCUAAUUAUUCUGCUUUUGACAGUAAAGUGUAGUAGUUCUCUAUGUGUGGAAGAAGGAGAUAGUGAGAGUGAUACUUUGUGUGUUAAUGUAAAAGGUAGUAAAGUUUUGGGAAGGAAAUUAAACACAAUUUUAGAGAGAAAACUUUUCGCUGUAUUUUGGGACAUACCAUAUGCCGAAGCUCCAUUGCGUGAGUUAAGAUUCAAGCAACCAAGAGAAAAAUAUUUGAAAAACGGAACCCUCGAUUGUAGCCAACCACGGAAAAAAUGCGCAUGCUGCUAUGAUGAAGACUGCUUGUAUUUAACUAUUUAUAUGCCCAUUUCUUAUAAUCAAUCGAGGAACCUCCCCGUUGUUGUUUGGGCAGAUCACAAUGAAGUUUUGCAAUACCCAGACUUUUUCAUAGAAGAAGAAGUGGUAGUCGUCGUUGUUACUUACAGGCGAUUUAUUUUUGGUUUUCUAAAUACCGGAGACGAAUUUGCGGAAGGUAAUAUGGGUGCAAAAGAUAUCUUGAUGGCACUGAAAUGGAUUAAAAGAUACAUUAGAUCUUUUAAUGGUGAUCCAAAUAGAAUAACAGUGGCUGGAUUCCAAUCAGCGGCCACGAUAGUGUCAUCAUUGAUACUUACUCCAGGCGCAGAAGGUUUAUUUUCCAGAAUUAUAAUCCUAGGCGGUAGUGCCCUCUCACCUGCAGAUUACAGAAACUAUAAUUUCGAUGUUAUGAACAAACUGUAUUGGAAUCUGAAUGGACCGUUUGAAAAGUUGAAUCGCACGAAUCUUUACCAAAUUCUAGCAAACUAUUCUACUAGUGAACUGAUGGUAGCCUCAGAAGAUCUCUUUGACAGUACUGAAGUAAGAGACAGCCAAAGACUAAUCAAUGCCUUCGGUCCAAGUAUCGAAGUGACUAAAAACACAUUUAUGAGUAAAGCACCGAUAGAAGUGUACAAAGCUCGUCUAACAAACAAUAACGUAGAAGUUAUGAUAGGAUAUACGAGUUUAGAGGCGCUGGUGAAAUUGAAAGGUUUUAUCCAAAAUAAAAAGCUUUUGAAGUAUUUAAAUUAUAACUUCCAAUAUUUAUUGCCGUUCGAAGGAACAAAGGACGAGUACGGAUCAAAGCGCUAUAGGAAGAUAAGGGAGAAAAUAAUGGAGUUCUAUUUCGUUAAUGGCACCAUUGGAGAAAGGAGCCUGAGACGAUAUGCAAAAUAUGUUUCGGAUCAAGUGAUUUAUCCGUUGCUCCGCCAGGCGCGAUUCCAGGGCGACGCGUCGUGUAGAAACGUCUACUUGUUUAGGUUUGCGUUCAGAGGCGCCUUGAAUGUUGCUUGGGACUCUUCGGCGCGCCAUUUAAAUUGGUCUGGAGCGACGUCUGGGGACGAAAUCUGCUACCUAUUCAGAUGUAAAUCAGUCGGCGACGUGUACAAUAGCGCCGAAGCGUCGAAUGAAAGGCUCUUCAUUAAGAAAAUCGCGCGGUUAUUGGCGAAUUUCGCUAAAUGCGGAGAUCCGACGCCCGUGAAAGAAGAUGAGGUUUUGGGAAAUUUGAAAUGGGAGCCUUUGCGAAGACGCGCGUCAAUUAGAGCACUGAAUAUGGGUCGCAGACUUAAAAUGGCCGACGUGCCGGAACAGACACGAGUGAACUUUUGGGAUCAGUUAAAAAGUGAAUUAUUUUCGGAAAAACUUCCCAACGUGGAACUUUAAGUGAAAUUGUUUUCGGGUGAUGUAGUUUCGGGAUUCUUCACGACCAACUUUCAGGAUUAAUAACGCAAAAUGUUCGGGGAGAAACUUUUGCCACCGAUACAUAUAUCGUACGAAACGAAGAUAAACAGAUUUCAGCUAACGUUU